ACAUCGAAACAUCAAGCCUGCGCCAGAGCUUGCAUAACGUCGUCGGCGAAGCAUAUCAUCUUCGCGACUCGCCAACAAAACCUUCAAGCCGAGCCAGUUCCUCCUUUUCAUUCACUUCGGAUUUACUUCGCUUGUGACAGCGACAAACGUGGUCCACGGCAAGAGCGACCGCUCUUUCAGUACAAGAAUGUCGGCACCCACAGAGCACGUCGAUGUGCCUACGGUCGAGCCAUCGAACGGCGCCAAUGGCACCCACGGCGACAACACAAACUCUCUUCCACCCGCGACCAACGGAAUUUCCACUAGCGACACGACCACGAUGGCACCCGGACUGAGCGCCGAUGAGAUGGCCCAAUACGACCGCCAGAUUCGUCUCUGGGGAGCUGAAGCGCAACAGCGCAUUCGCUCCGCCAACAUUCUUUUGGUGUCGCUUCGUGCGCUCGGCACUGAGAUCGCAAAGAACCUCACGCUUGCUGGAGUCAGCUCGCUCACGAUUAUCGACGAAGACCCAGUCACCGAAGAGGAUCUCGGAGCACAGUACUUUCUUCGCGAAGAAGAUGUCGGCAAGCCGCGCGCCGCGUCGGCCAUCCCGAGAAUACAAGAGCUCAAUCCUCGAGUGACCGUCAAGUCCGGUGGCAGCUUACAGCAACUCCUCACUCAAACGGAAACAUACUACGCUCCAUUCGACUGCAUAAUAGCAUGCGAUCACGAUAUGAUGACUCUCUCCCUGAUCAAUACCGCAGCUCGUGUGGCGAGCAGACCAUUCUACGCUGCUGGCAUUCAUGGUUUCUACGGAUACAUCUUCUCCGAUCUGGUGGGCCACGAGUUCGUCAUCGAGCGGGAGAAGUCCAACGUGCCGACCGCAAUCGCUGCUGAGACGUUGACCCGUUCCGUCAUCGGCGUCACCGAGAGAAAGGAGAACAACGGUAAGAACACCGAGAUCGUCAAGAAGCAAGAGGUUUACUGCCCGCUCAUCCUGGCCAACUCUUCGCCGCUGCCUCCGGAUAUCCUGGGCAAUCGCCGCAAGCUCAAAGCUGUGCCUGCUUUGCUCCCUUGCCUGCGCGCACUCUUCGACUUUCAACGUACCUUCGGCAAAUUUCCCGAGGCCAGUCAACAGGAUAUCGUCUCGUUCACCACACUCGCUACCACGAAGCUGCGCGAACUUCAACUGCCACAAGAGACUCUUCGUGCCGACUUUCUCCGUAGCUUCAUGCAGAAUAUCGGUUCCGAGAUCACACCGACCGCGGCCUUUGUCGGCGGCCGCCUCAGCGAGGAUGUGAUCAACGUUCUGGGCAAGCGCGAGCAACCGAUCCAGAACUUCGCACUCUUCGACGGCGACAGUCUCGAUGGUAGGAUCUAUUGCCUGUUCAGUGUGCCACCGGAGCUCGCUUUCGAUGCGCUACAACCGAUGCCGAUGGGUAUGCCUGCGGUGGGCGACAUGUCCAUGAACGGGCAAAUGCCGGCGCUACCAGAUAUGUCGAUGAAUAUGGGCAUGGGUAUGAGCAACGGUACCGCAGCAGCGCCUCUCGAAUGA